AUGUCGGACAACUACGCCCAUCAUAUCGCCCUACUAGGCGCCGGUACAAUCGGUCUCUCCAUGGCCGCCAUGCAUCUUCGUCGUCCAGAUACUUGCAUCACCAUUUUCGAUCCUCGACCCGAUGCCGAGGAUCACCUUUGUACGCAACUACCCUCUUUUCUCGAUCUUACAGAGACAGAGACAGAGGCUGGCAAUGUGGAUGGUGGCAGCAAGACUAGAACUCGUCUCCGUCUCGCCUCCUCCAUUCAAGAUGCCGUUCAACGCGCAACCAUCGUCCAAGAACAGACGCCUGAACUCCUCUCCUCCAAGCAAUCCCUCUGGCUGGAAGUCUCUCGAUACGUCACCCCCACAGCUCACCUGUGGAGUAGCUCGUCUGGGAUCCCCGCCUCCGCACAGGCAGAGACUUGCCCCCCAGAUCUUCAGGCACGAUUACUGGUCGUGCAUCCCUUCAACCCACCGCACUUGAUGCCUCUGGUGGAGAUUGUUCCGGGUCCAUCGACGAGCGCGGAUCGAGUAAGCUUUGUGCAAGAGUAUUUCACCGGCAUCCCUGCACCAGCGUCAGCCCGUGCGAAUCAAUCCUCCCCGGCGUAUUAUCGCCCAGUGGUCUUGCAAAAGGAGAUUCCUGGCUUCGUGGGCAAUCGACUCGCCUUUGCCCUGCUGCGAGAGGCUUGCCACCUGGUCAGUGAAGGGGUGGUCACGGCGCGAGAUCUGGAUGCUAUUGUCCUGUCGAGUUUGGGCCCCCGCUGGGCUGGCAGCGGUGUCUUUGAGAGCUACCAUGCCGGUGGUGGACCCGGGGGAAUUGGUGCCUUUCUGGACAAGUUGGCGCCGACGAUCCAGGAGGUGUGGAGUCAACUGGGUACCCCGGUGAUUCUUGCAGAAGCGUCGCGUGCGGAGCUGCACGAUCGCGGCGGCGAACAGGGUGACCCUAGAGAGUCGUGGAGGCAGAUGGUGGUGACACAGACGGAGGAGGCAUACGGUCCAGGCAUGUCAGCCGACACUCGGGCGCGCAAAGAGCAGAUGCUCAAGGGCGUGUUGGAGCUGCAGCGACAAAUUGGUGAAGAAGAGCCUUGA